AAUUAGCAUAUAUUUUGAAAUAGUUCUAAAACAAUGGACUACGCAGUUUAGGGAAGUAUUUGAACCUCUCUAGCAUUUGUAGAUUCUAUUGAGAAUUUUAUGUUAGACAAUCAUCCUGUAGUUUGCAAAUCCAGGUUUUUAAAAAAAAUCAGGAUGCCUUUAAUUUCUUUUUCUUGUCUUAUGAUAGAGGAUGGAACAUUAGUACUAUGUUAAAAUAAGAGGAACAAGAAGCUCAAACACUUUUGCCUUGUUUCUAAUCUUAGAGAAGAAUUCAGUUUUUUUAUUAUUAAAUAUGCUGUUAGCUGUAGAUUUUAGGAUGUUUCUUCUCAUGAGAUUUUAAAAGUUUUACUCUAGUCCUAAUGUACUGAGAAUUUUUAUCAUGAAUAGGUGUUGAAUUUUGUUGAGCUCAUUCUGCAACAGUUGAUACCCUAUACUUUUUUCUUCUUCAAUCUGUUAAUAUGGUAGGUUACAGUAACUGAUUUCCAGAUACUGAACUAGCUUUGUAUACCUGAAAUAUAUCUCACUUGGCUAGGAGAUAUAUUAUUAUUAUUAUCAUUAUUAUUUUUUAAAGUGUUGAACAGAAUUUUAAGAUCUCAUAAAAAGUUAGUAACAUCUCUCAUGAUCAUCUGUCAUGUCUGGUUUGGGGUAUCAGUAAUACGGUGUCGUAAAAUAAGUGGGAAAGUGUUCCCUCUUCUCUUUUUCACAAGAAAUUAUGUAAAAUUGAUUAAAAUUGGUAUUGGCUUUUAAUGUACUAAAAAUAACUGAGAAAAAACUAACAAUAGUGUAAAUUUUCAAAGAUAAAAUUGGAUCUUGACUGCGAGAUGAUCCAGUAAGUUACUUAUGAAAGUACAUCGCCUUGAAUUCUUUAGGAACGCUCGCUGUAGUUACAUAUAUUUGUGUGUAAUUCUUUAGGAGCCAUGUAUAUUUAUAGCGUAUAUAUUUCUUCAGGAAUUUUAUAAACACACGAAUGAUUGAGUGACUAAAUGAAUGAGAACUUUAUACAUACAUGAAUGAACAAACGAACAAAUGAACUGGCUCAUUUCAAUUCCCGUAAUUUCUAGUUUAAAAUUUCUAAUGUUGAGAGUGCGUCUCUGAGAGGAAAACAGACCUUUUCCUACUACUAGCAAGAGCAGCCUGGACGGGUUGGAGAGGACUGCUCUCCCUCAAACCUGUAGCCUUAUCGUUCCUGGCCACGCCCCGGGAGACCGGACCGGUGCCUGACGCUCCGCCAGGAAAAAGAGGCGACGCAGGUGAUGGCGGAGACCGGUGAGGGAAGCGAGAAGUCGCCCCAGCCGUCGGAGGAGGCGCCCAAGUCGAUGGGGCUCCCGAUCGCGCAGAGUCCGAGGUCGGGCAACAGGAGCCGCCGCCUUCCAUUGGGGGGGCUAGACGCAGCCGCAGAGUUGGUGGCCACCGACUGCAAAACUGGCGCUCCGAAUGGGGAGGAGGUCCUGGAAACCUGGGGCGCAGAGCUCCGCGUCUGAGGUGCCGGGAAAGGGAAAGGCAAGGCGAGGAAGCAAAGGCUGAAAAGUGCGCCAUCACCUCUGUAGCGGUGGAAGAAGAGGUGGGGUCUGAACUGGUGAUGGCGCAAGGCGUGGAGGAGGAGGCUGUGGAGGCGGCAGUGGAGAAGGAAGCCCCAGUAGGUGAGGAAAUGGAAGUGGCGGAGGAAGAUAGAGGGACAGGGGAGGUGUAGGGGGCAAGGCCCUGGCCCCUAAAUAUGAAUCUGCGCAUGGAUCCUCUGGAAGCCAUCCAGCUGGAACUGGACACUGAAUGCUCAGGCGGCAGGGCCUUCCGACAGCUGGAGCAGAAGUUCGGACGGAUGCGUCGACAUUACCUGGAGCAAAGGAACUACAUCAUUCAGAGUAUCCUGGGCUUCUGGAUGACCGCCUUUAGGAACCGCCCCCAGCUGUCUCACAUGGAUAGGGGCCAAGAUGCAGACAUGUUAAGGUACGUAACUAAUUUGGAGGUGAGGGAACUCCGACAUCCUAGAACGGGCUGCAAAUUCAAGUUCUUCUGUAGAAGAAAUCCGUACUUCAAAAACAAGGUGAUCGCCAAGGAGUAUGAGGUCAGAUCCUCCGGGCGAGUGGUGUCUCCCUCCACUCCAAUCACAUGGCGUAGGGGACGUGAACCCCAGACCUUCAUUCGCAGAAACCAAGACCUCAUCUGCAGCUUUUUUACCUGGUUUUCAGACCACAGUCUUCCAGAGUCUGGCAGAAUUGCGGAGAUUAUCAAAGAGGAUCUGUGGCCAAAUCCACUGCAAUACUACCUGCUGCAUGAAGGAGUCCGCAGAGCCAGGCGUCGACCUAUUUUAAUACGAGAGCCGGUCGAGAUCCCCAGGCCCUUUGGUUUCCAAUCCGGUUAGCUUCUACUUUAGGGAAUACUCCUGCACAAAUGCCCCUACCGCCUCCUGCUGGAUUUAAGCUUAGGCAAAAGCAAUGGUAUGCUUUUUUUUUUUUUUUUGGUUGAACUCUGUAUCCUCUCUCUUCUGGAUAUUCAGCUCUUUCAACUUCAAGAUUGAGACUGUUAUGGACAUACUUCUUAACUAAUACUUGGCUUCCAUGCUCUUCUGUGUUAAUAUCCGAUGCUGCAUGACAAUAGUUCACACUACUUCUAAGACAAGCCAGUGAUGAUGUAGGUUGCAUUACCUUUACACUGCGUAGACCCUGUUUUUCUGAGAGCCUCUGAUUUUACUGCCACUUGGAUUUCUAGCUUUCUGUCCAGGAGGCCAUUCUGCUCCUCCUGCUCUGCAUCCAGCAGUUUAGGAGCUCGGUACUGGGCAUUAAUGAUGUCAAGGGAGAGUAACAGUGAACCAGUUUUUCUGUGAUUUACGCUACUUCAUAACUUUUCCCGUACCACUUGUUACCUUCUAAUGUUGCCUGCUAUUUGCGAUGUCAACUCCUUUGAGUGUUGCCAACAACUCUGUCGCCCAUAUUAACGUUUUCCUCCUAUUAUAAAGAAAAAACUUUAAAAAAAAUAGUUUAGAAACAUCGGAAAAAGUAGGCUUUUUUGUUUUGGCUCUUAUUUCCAGAGUAGAGAGGUUACCAUAAGUCAAUAGACUUAGAGAUCUGAUUUUCCUCUCUCCUUCCUUCACAACUCCUCAUGCUCUAACAAAUGUAGAGGGCUUAAAGGGAGGCAUAUUUAGUUGGAAAGAAGGGCAGAUUACUUUACAAUCAAUAGAAGAGACUAUGAUGGGUGCUCUUAAGUAGGGGAAACUGAACAAAAAGAGGCAGAAAUGAGCCAGGUAAAAAUUGGGUUGAGAAUGAAGACUGGGCUGACAGAGCUGGCAGUCUUAUUCUAUCAGUGGUAAUGGGAGGAGAUAUUUUCUCAGGUUUGAAAUAGAAAAAUUGCAGGAAUUUUGGAGUGUUAAAUAUGUUGCUUAGGAAAGGGUUCUUUAAAGAAACAGUGCAAUUUUGAAUGCUUUUCUUGUUUAUGUGAAUUGACAAACAUGGAAGAUUAUUCUGUUGUUAUUUCAUUAAUACUUGUUAUUUUCUGUUAAUGCUGGAAAAAUUCAACUAUAGCUUUUUUUUGCUUUUUUUUUUUAGCUUUCACUUGGGAACAUUUGGAAAUAAUUGUACUUUCCUGUACAGUAUUGAGACUUAAGUGAAUAUUCUUAAAGAGUUUUCAGGUUCUCUUUUCUGUUAAGCUGUAUUUGUAGCAACAUAGUUUGGAUGACGUGGUCUUUAUCAGACUUGUGAAGUUAUUGUCUUCAUGGAAAAAUAAUUCACAAAAAAUACGUGGCUUGAUUGAUUUUCUUGAUAAUUUGUUCUGGUAACAACUUAGUGGAUGUGUCUCUUUUCUUUAAUUGCAUUAAGUACCUGUGAGAUUACUAUGUUAAAUUAGAAAUGUACUAUUGGCAUAUUUGUCUUUUUUUUAUAUUUAUGAUGGUAGAAUAAAAGCAUAAAAAAAAUAAAAUUUCUAAUGUUAUACAAAUGUUUACUUGGAGUUUUUAAAUUAAUGAUUAGUAUUCCCUGAAAAGACAUGAUCAAUUAUGUUUUGAGAAUUUGCUUAUUAUAUUCCCCUCUCCAUCCCUAGAGCCAUAAUUCAUAUUACUGUUUGUAGGCUCUGCUUGUCAUAUAUUAAAUAUUUAAAUUAUUUUAACCCAUUUUCCAAACUUAUUCAUUAAAUGUUAUCUAUUAACAUUUCAUCAAACAUUAGCUUGGAAAAUUCUAUCACUAUUCCUGUCUUCACCUGGCUUAGGAAAGAAAUCAAAAUUUCUCCCAGAUCUCUUCAGGGAAAAAAAGCCCUUUUACAGCCACCGUCCCCUUUAAUUCCAGAUUUAGGUCCCUUCUGAUCUAUUUCACUGAGUGCUGUUUAUUAUCUAGAGAGCCAAAGGAUCUUAAUAUUGUUUCUCUUUUGAAUGAUAGUCUGCAGGGCUUCUAGAUUAUGACUAGGAUUUUUCCUUCUUGGGAUAAAACACUUCUGCCCUGGAUAGUCAGGAACAAUUCUUUUCUUUCUCUUCAAUCCUUGCACUUGGGUUUCAAGGAAACCUUUUUCAAAGGACAGUCGAGGAUGUAUGUUUUUAUGUGCAUAUAUGUGGAUGGGUAGAUACAUGGGUUUUCAUACGCGUGUAUGUGUAUGGAUGGAUAGAGAUAGCUUGAUAGGUAGGUUUUUUAACUUCUGUCUUCUGAAGGGUCAAAAAAGCAAGUAUAUUUAGUCAAGAGCUGAAUGAUACAACAUGGAAAGCUUGGAGUUCAAAAAUCAUUUUUACGAUUAGGAUCAAGAUGGAACUAUGUAAGAAUCAACAGUGUGUGCUAUAUAUAUUUUAUAAUCCAUCUCCCUUUAGGGAGAUAGACUGACAAGGUCAGUCUAGGAUUAGGGUUACUUUUAGUAGUUGUCUUUUUAAUAUCCUUUAGUCUGGAACAUUUCUAAUGCCUUUGCCUUUUACAAUAAAAGACUAGCUGGGUCUAAUUUUAAUUGACAACUUAAUUAGAAGAGGUGAUUGUUUUGUUUUUUAUGUUGUUGUUGUGGACUCUUUUCUACUUUGAACAUAUUCAGUAAUAGGACCCAAAAGUCUGAAGCAAAACUCCUAUUUGGGGGACUGUGAUAAAUACUGUUAUAUCUUUUUCAGCCCUGGUGGAGCUGAGAGUUGGAAGCCACAGGUUCAUCUGAUGCUAAAUUAUAAAGAUCAUUGGCUGCAGUUCUUCGGUCAGAUGAAAUCCGAAGCAGGUUUUUAGAUGUUAGCAUUGUUCUAGGGUUUUAAUAUUCUAUAUCUGAACAAAUACCCUGUUAUGUAAGAUUUUAGAUGUGUUUGUACAGACAGAAUGAAACUCCUCUUGCAGUGACUAGUGGACUUUGUUAGAUCCUUAUUAACUUUAGUGGGAAAGAUAUUGAGCUUCUUGAUUCAUACAACAAAAAUCUUCUUUUCCAGUCUUGAGUCAAGUCCCUCAUAGGUUGGAUCUGGUAUGUAUCAUUGGUGAUGCCAUGUAUACCAGAAGUAUAAGUGUAUUUUGAUGGAAGAGUAAAGGAUAACAUAAGUAACUUACUAAGGUUGUUCCAUUUUUAUGACUAAUCUUUUGUGAUUGUGAUUUGACAUAUGAUCUAAAUAAAAAUAAAUUUCAUAGUGAAGAAUGUCAAAGUGUACUAUAUAAGUGAAUUCCUAAAAAUAUAUAAAAUAGAAGCUUAAGAAAGGAGAACAUUGAUUGUCCCUAUUGGUUUAGCUUUCCGGAUUAUGUGUAUCAGCUCUAAUAGAACUUUCUGUAAUAAUGGAAAUAUUCUGUAAUCUGUGCUAUCUGGCACAGUAUUAUCCACAUGUACAUAUUUAGCAUUUGAAAUGUAGCUAAUGUGACUGAGAGAGUGAAUUUUUAUUUCGUUUUAUUUUGGUGGUGGUAGGGAUUAAGUCUAGGCAGGGCUUUUGCAAUGAUUACAUCCCCAGCCCUUUUUCCCUUUUUGUUUUGAGACUUGGGGUCUUCCUAGGUGGCUAAAUUUGACCUGCCUCAGCUUCCCAGAGUGCUGAAAUUAUAGGCAUGCCACCACCACAUUCAGUUGAGAGACUGAAUUUUAAAUUUUUAUUUAAUGCAAUUUAAUUAGCCACAUAUGGCAAGUUGUACUGCAUUAGACAACACAGAUAUGGAUUAAUUUCGUUAGGAACAAAAACAAGCAAGUGUUUUAAUCUAAUAGAUUUGAUCCAGUUUAGAAUCUCCAAAAGCCUGUUCGUGUAGCAAUGACAUACAAAAUGAAAUCAUGAAAAAUCAUUGGAGGGCUUCUUGUUGCAAGUAAUACAGGUAGAGAUGCUAACGUCUAGAGAUUUUUAUAAGGUCUGAAUGUUCAUUUGUUUUAAUUAGGAAUGUUAUGGAAUUGCUACAGGUCAAAAUGGAAAAUAAAACAAUGAAAUAAUACAUUUAAUUCUACAAAUAUUUAUUGGAUUCUUCCUCUAGGGCAUUUACUACAUUAAGCUUGGCAAUUAUUUGCAGCCAGUUUCCUGUCACACCUGUUACAGACUUCACUAAUAAGUGACUGGUUGGUUGGUUGGUUGGUUGGUUGGUUUUUUCCAUUUUUUUCCCCCCACCUAAGUAACCAUGGAUAACAUUAGAAUAAUUUUCAGUUGAGUACAGCAAGCAGAGGUGACAGAGAGAGGAAACAUGUCACCCUUUCUUCACUUGGAGAUGCAGAGAUAGCUAAGACAUAGGCCUCCCCUCAAGGAUAUCAGUCACAUUUUAGGAGACAGACAUUCUUAACAAGUAAAUUAUGAAGUAUCUGCAGAAAAUAUUAUGAAGAAAGGGAGUGAUCUAGAACAGGGUUUUUUAACCUUUGUGCUACAGAGUUUAGGUAUCAUGUUUGAAUUGCAUGUUAUUUAUGCAAAAGCUGAUUGUUUACACACCACAUUUUGUGGGGAGAGGGUUCAUAGUUAUUAAAAAA